UUUCUUUAUCGUCUUGGUCUGUGCGCGAGUGCCGACCGGAUAGAAAAGUAACAAGCAAACACACAGAUCGAAACGCAAACGAUGGCCCAUCUCUCCUUCGCUAGCGCCAUGGCACUACACUCUGAUAGUAACAGUGCCGGUUGUCAAGCUUGACAACGUCUGCUCCGAAGCCAAACCGAGAGCGAUCAACACCAGCAUCCACCCUCGGAUAUCUGCCCGGCAGGUCCUUUCGCAUCCAUCUCGGUUUGACCAUACGAGCCACUCGCUCAUCUCGCGACGUCUCUCGUCCUGCGAGCACAUUCAGUGGAGCUGCAGUUUACAAAGGACCAAUUUGUAAAUGUUUGCUAAACACCUGCAUCUACUUCAGCUACACUAAGGACGCAUUAUAGCAUCUUUAUCGUGGCGCCUAUCUUUGUCUAGUCUUACUUCUGACGCAGUGUGGAAACAAAGUUGAAGCAGCAGCACAUCCCAACACCGUGCAUUCGAGCAGAACGUAUCGAAGUGCAACAGUAGACAACCCUGGCAAAGCACAGCGCUAGCAGAACAACAGCAGUAUUAUUACAUCCCACCAUUAAUUGUCAUCGUUCCAUCGUUAAUCGGUUGCUGCAGGGCAGCUAAAGCUAAGCUUAACCAAAGGAGAAAGUGAGAGAGAACACCACAACAGGGUAUUAUCAUCAACUAAUCAUGACGGUCAGCAAGGAGUAUCUGGCUAAUGCCGAGCCCCAGAAACCAGAACAACGGUUUGGAACACGACAUUACAUCGUGUUCAUGUUGUUCCUCGGCAUGGCAAACGCGUACGUCAUGCGCACAAACAUGUCAGUUGCCAUCGUAGCCAUGGUGAACCAGACGGCAAUUGAGAAAGAAUCGGAGCUGCUCGACGACGAGUGCCCCGAUACUGAUUACGGUGACGAAAAGGACGAAUCACAGGACGGCGAAUUCAUAUGGAGUACCAGCAUGCAGGGCUACAUCCUGUCGUCCUUUUUCUAUGGCUACGUCAUCACGCAGAUCCCGUUCGGUUUGCUCGCAAAGCGAUACGGCGCGAUGCGCUUCCUUGGCUGGGGCAUGCUCAUCAAUUCGGUGUUCGCGUUCGUCGUGCCCGUUGCUGCUCGACAGGGCGGUGCCGGCUGGUUGAUCGCUGUGCGUUUCAUCCAGGGUCUCGGUGAGGGUCCGAUUGUACCCUGCACACAUGCCAUGUUGGCCAAAUGGAUUCCUCCGAACGAACGAUCACGUGUUGGCUCGAUCGUGUAUUCAGGGGCGCAGUUUGGAACUGUCAUUUCGAUGCCACUUUCCGGUUUGUUGGCGGAUCACGGGUUUGACGGUGGAUGGCCAUCGAUCUUCUACGUGUUCGGCAUUAUCGGAACGGUAUGGUCGAUAGCCUUCCUGUGGACCUGCCAUGAGGAUCCGGUUACGCAUCCCAGAAUUCGGGAUGACGAGAAGAAAUACAUUCAGCAGUCACUAUGGGGUAAUGCAUCCGUACACAUUCCACCAAUCCCGUGGAUGAACAUCGCCAAAUCGAUGCCAUUCUACGCAAUCCUGUUGGCACAUCUUGGCCAGAACUAUGGCUACGAAACGCUGAUGACGGAGCUGCCUACAUACAUGAAGCAGGUCCUUCGGUUCUCCAUCAAGACCAAUGGCGUUCUGUCAGCCUUGCCCUAUUUGGCUAUGUGGCUGUUUUCCAUCGUAGUCGGAUGGGUAGCGGACUGGAUGCUGACGUCGGGACGCGUCAACCACACCUGGACGCGCAAGAUCUCCAACAGCAUCGGCCAGUACGGACCUGCGAUCGCUCUUAUCGUUGCAUCGUACACUGGUUGUAGCCGGGCGCUCACCGUUGCUAUUCUUACGAUUGGUGUCGGCCUCAACGGUGGCAUCUACGCCGGUUUCAAGAUCAAUCAUCUUGACAUCACACCCCGGUACGCGGGCGUACUGAUGGCAUUCACAAAUUGCUCAGCCAACUUGGCCGGACUUCUAGCACCGAUUGCUGCCGGUAACAUCAUCGAGGGCAAACCGACGAUCGCUCAGUGGCGUAUCGUGUUCGUGAUAGCCGCGUGUGUCUACAUCUUCACGGCGACGUUCUACAACAUCUUUGCGUCAGGUGCACGCCAGUUCUGGGAUAAUCCGGAAAAUGACGAGCCUCAGAAGCCCUCCAUCGAGGCCCCAACACACAGUGAAAUGAAUGGUAGCUCUGCCGGAAACGGAACAUCAGGGACUCUGGUGCAUCGCACCAUUAACGAGCACCAGUCAUAGAAUGGAUCCAGUAAUCGAUUCCGGAGCGGCAGGUCGAAAAUAACCUAGCCGUGAUCAUCAACCAAACAUAUCAGCGUGACAGUGGUCUUCGGAAUGAGUUAAGAAACUAGACGUAUAUAACACAUCUGUAUUUAUAAGGGUAAAACGAAUAUUUCUUCAACACGUACAAGUUAAGCAAAACUUUCGUGGUUGUUUUCACCACCAGUUGUAGCUUGUGGAUGUAUGUUUAUGUUUCUCAAUGUUUGUUUGGCACUAAGCAUUGCUGCUUAUGUGUAGUAAGAGCUGUUCAAUUUAGUUCUGUUUUUGGUCAUAUGUGUUUUCUUGCUAUACUUGAACAAAGUUCACUUCGUUAGAAGUGUUUUUUUAUUAUUGUUUCAUUGCAACUAACUUGAGUAAUAUCAUAUUUAUUUUGCUCUUGAGGUUGUGUUUUUUUCAAUUGUGUCUUUAUCGUACACUUUAUUGUGAAAUUAUGUUUACGAGUUAAUUUUAUUUCAGGCUUUUUUGCGAUAUAUUUCUUUUGUCAAUUCCUAAUUCCUCGUAUAAUUUAUACAAAUGUAAUUAUUGAUAUUUGUCUAGAUCCGCACAGUCCUUUGUGUGAUGUAAAUAUUUGCCUAGCGGCUAAUCGAGAACGUACAACCACUAAUAGACCAUAGAAGUCUGGAUCAGCAUUGUCGGAAGAGGCGUUUGAGCAAUAGCACUGGGCACAUGAUGGUUCCGGUAUUCGUUAGCGAAUGGGUGGAUCCUGAACCGGCACCAGACGUAGUCGAGUGGGUGUUAAAGAGAGCGCGUGUUUGCGUAAAAUGAAUGUUUGUUAGAACGAAACAGUGUAAACAAAAAAAAGCCUCAUUAAUGUUAAAACGCGAAUGAAGAUGGAAAAUUGUUAAAUUGUAAAAUACUAUUACAUCGGAAUGCUACAUAAGCGUAGCAGCAUCAUAUUCCACGAUGGCGAUGCGAAUAGUAUAGAACAAAGACGUGGAACACACAAUAAGAUGAUAAUAAAACGAUAAUGAUAAUUUUGUUAUAAUGCGAACCGA